CUCUCUCGGUUGGCUGUUGAGGCAGAGAGGGAAGCAGGAAAAGAGUGAAACUGGAAGCGAGCGUUAUUUUCAUUUUUCUUCAUUUCUUCGCUUUGAGCAGCGAAAAGUCAGAAGCAGCAUUUAUUUCAAUUCAAUGAUCGAAUGGAGCCUCGCCCGCCAGUUUUGCCGACAGAUUACGGAAUCUCAAACGGUUGUAAAAGGACAAAAAUUUCAAAUGAUUCAAAAGAUUAUGAUAGCAUUGCCUCUGCUGGAAAUCCUCAGGAUGAAACUGAGAAGAAGAAACCUAAGGUCUCUCCAAAUGUUAUCGAUUAUUCUGACCCAUUUGCAGUGACUAAUAUGCUUCAAACCCUUAAUGUUGGUGGUAAAUAUGGAAGUGUUACAAAGGAUUUAGAAGCCCUUAUUUCUAGGAAUGCGCAAUUGAUUAGCAAGGUACUAGCUUUGCAUCCUUGUCUUUCUAAUGUGUUAGUGGAUGUGGAAAAGAGCCCAAGGAAAGAGGCUUCAAAAGUGCCAAGUCGACAACUUGCCCAUUUGUCACGGAAUAAUUUUAUCGACUUGGACGAUGACUCGCUUGGAAAUGGCAUCACAUCAUCAUCACCUGUAGUGAUUCUGGAUUCAGAUGAUGAAGACAACAGAAAUACGAGGCAUCUUCAUCCUGUUCAGGAAAUUGUAUUGCGGAAGCCAUGUGGGGUAUUACUUUCGAAGGAGAUAAUGGUUGGGGAGUCUAUGGGAAACAGAAUUUAUAGAGAAGAAAAAGUUAGUCUAACCAGUGAAACUGAUAUCAAGAAGGACAAAGGUGUUUAUGUUGGUGUUGAAGAGUAUGUUGAUACUCAAAGUGAGACUGAAGAUGAUGGUUUGGGAGAUAUAUGGCAGGAGAUGUCAAUGGCAUUAGAGUUCUCCAAGGACGCUUUUGAGGAUCCUUCGAGUGAACUCGUGUCAGAAGAUGAGGACUGUGAUCAUUCUUUUCUCUUGAAGGAUGAUCUUGGUUAUGUGUGUCGCAUUUGUGGGGUUAUCGAGAGAGGAAUUGAGACUAUAAUUGACAUCCAAUAUAACAGGGCCAAAAAGAGUACAAAUACUUAUGCAUCAGAGCCACGGAAUGCAAAAAACAGAGAUUCAACUGAAACUGUUGGAGUUAAGUUUUCUGAAGAUGAUUUAACAAUAACUGACAUAACUGCUCAUCCAAGGCAUAUGAAGCAAAUGAAACCUCAUCAAAUAGAGGGCUUUAAUUUUCUUCUAAGCAAUUUGGUGGCAGAUCAUCCUGGGGGCUGCAUCUUGGCCCAUGCUCCCGGAUCUGGAAAGACAUUUAUGAUAAUCAGCUUCAUGCAAAGUUUCCUAGCCAAAUAUCCACAUGCUAAACCACUAGUUGUGCUUCCAAAAGGAAUCUUGGCUACAUGGAAAAAGGAGUUUGAAACGUGGCAAGUAGAGGAUAUUCCACUGCUUGAUUUUUAUACUGUGAAAGCGGAUAAUAGGUCUCAGCAAUUGGAGGUGUUGAAGCAGUGGGUUGAGCGCCGAAGUAUCCUUUUUCUGGGAUACAAGCAGUUCUCUACCAUAAUUUGUGAUGGUGGAACCAGCCAGACUUCUAUUUCUUGCCAAGAGAUACUGCUUAGAGCACCUUCAAUUCUAAUUUUGGAUGAAGGGCACACACCAAGGAACGAGAACACCGAUGUGUUGCAAUCCCUUGCAAAAGUUCAAACAACUCGAAAAGUUGUGCUUUCUGGAACUCUCUAUCAAAAUCAUGUCAAAGAGGUAUUUAACAUACUGAACCUUGUUCGACCAAAGUUUCUUAGGUUGGACACUUCCAAAGCAGUUAUCAAACGGAUAAUGAGCAAAGUGCAUAUAUCAGGAGUGAGGAAGCAGGUCAAAUCUGGAGCAGAUGCAGUCUUUUAUGAUUUGGUGGAGCACACACUGCAGAAGGAUGAAAAUUUUGAGAGGAAAGUCUCAGUCAUACAUGAUUUACGUGAGAUGACUAGCAAAGUCCUUCAUUACUAUAAAGGAGAUUUCUUGGAUGAGCUUCCUGGACUUGUUGAUUUCACUUUAGUACUUAGUCUUAGUCCCAGACAGAAGGUUGAAGUUCAGAAGUUAAAAAGGUUUCAAAGGAAGUUCAAGAUUUCAUCUGUUGGUAGUGCUGUUUAUUUACAUCCAAAGCUGAAUUCCUUCUCCGAGAAUUCUGUCACAACAGAUGCUAAAAUGGAUGACUUGUUAGAAAAACUAGACGUCAAAGAGGGAGUCAAAGCAAAAUUUUUUCUUAAUCUGUUAAAUUUAUGUGAGUCAUCUGGUGAGAAGCUCCUUGUUUUUAGUCAGUAUCUCAUACCCUUGAAGUUUUUAGAGAGAUUGUCUGUGAAAAUGAAGGGUUGGUAUCCAGGAAUUCAGAUUUUCUCAAUCUCAGGUGAAUCAAGUACCGAUCAUCGAGAGUGGUCUAUGGAACGCUUCAACAACUCUCCCGAUGCUAAAGUGUUCUUUGGAUCUAUUAAGGCUUGUGGAGAGGGAAUUUCUUUGGUAGGGGCAUCCCGAAUUAUAAUCUUGGAUGUUCAUCUUAAUCCAUCUGUGACCCGGCAAGCAAUAGGCCGCGCAUUUCGCCCCGGCCAAAAGAAGAAAGUGUAUGCAUACAGAUUGAUUGCAGGUGAUUCUCCCGAAGAGGAGGAUCAUUCUACUUGUUUCAAGAAGGAAUUAAUUGCAAAGAUGUGGUUUGAGUGGAACAAGUAUUGUGGUAACCGAUAUUUUGAUAUGGAGACUGUUAAUGUGAAUGAGUGCGAUGAUCUGUUUUUGGAAAGUCCCUUGUUAAGGGAAGAUGUUAGGGUUCUGUACAAAAGGUAGAUGCUAGGACCAAGGGCCGAGGCUGACAUAGGCAAAAAAAAAAA